AUGGUCAGGUGGUAUUCCUUUGGUGCUGAUGGCUUGGAUCCGGUUGAGAAUGAAGGCUAUCACUCUCUUGAAACAAAUUCUGUGGUUGCCGCACUUGAAUCCUGCAUACAAACCGCGAAAUCCAAAUUAGAAGCUUUGAAGUUGCGAGAAGACUUGGAAAGCUUGUUAUCACCAGAGCAAAUAGACAGACUGAAAAUGCGAAUAGAGGAUGCCAGCGACAAGGGAAACACCCUACUACACAUCUUAGAUUCUCCAAGUAGAGUCGCCAACAGCAUAGAAUGUAUAUCACAAUAUCAAACCAUGAAGUCAAGAGUGGACGCCCCAGUAACUGAGACGGAACGCGAUGUCGGUAGGAUGUUGAAGCAAUGGAGGAGGACAGCGAUAGUCAUGGGCACAUGGCACAGCAUCCGAGCUCAGUGGGAGCAGAGGAGCGACUCCCUCCAGCAGCUCUGCCAUGGAGCUGUCAGAGAUCCACUAGCAGACAAGGAAGGAUGCGUGGUGUACUUGGGAGGGAUCUACGGCUUCAACGAGAAGCAGCUGAGAGAGAGACUGGAGCUGUUCGGACAGGUCAUCCGGCUCCAAAUGAGGCAAUUCUAUGCUUUCGCUCAGUUCGCUUCUCCUGCCAUGGCCGCGGCUGCCGUCAAGUGGAGCAGCGGCCGCAUCUCCGGUCGGAAAGGGGAGGAGCUCAUGGGUAGCGGCAGGUGA